CUCAAUUCUCACAACUCCCAAGCUUUUCAAACUUGACAAAUUUCACUAAAAGACUUUACACAUAUCAAAAUGUCCAACUACGAAGAGAUUUCGCGCCGCGCUGAGGCUGAUCUCAACACAUACCAGGCCAAGACUGGCAAUGCUCGUCGACAGGCUGAUGAUGACGCUGGUGUCAACUCUUAUGUGGAAAAGAAAUUUGAUUCAGCCAAUGUCACUUAUGGAGAUGACUUGAGCACAAACAGAGGCUACAACAAACGUAUUCCUCCUGGUGAGGGAGGAGAUGUUGAUGCUCGUGGAAGACAAGCUACCGGAAAUCAGUAUGAAGGUCAAGGAGGACCUGGUGACAAGAUUUCCGAGUCAUAUCGCCAACAGGGCGGCCAAAACGACGCCGAUGUUGUAGGCGCGAAUACCGAACGGAACGUGGGAAACAGCGGUGACAUUGCCGCUCAGGGCCAAGCUGCAUCCAGGGCAAACGUAGGAAGAAAUCCGCCGGGGGUUGGAGGAUCAAAGUACAAGGGAAGCGAUUAUUAUACGCCUGAGAGUGUGACGGAUAGCAUCUCUGCAGAGGGCUGGAUUGCGCCUGAGAGUGUGACGCAGGCGAGUCGGGAGACGGAAGGAUACACGUCGAGAAUCCACGAAGACGAAUAGGUAGUUUAUGUGUCUGCUGAGAGGCAAAAAUUGUAAGUUAGGAAUAAGAUGGUAUAAUAGUUUGUGAUUUUAAGGUAAGAAAUGGAUGGCACAUGUGAUAGGCCUUUCAUGUGCUUCUAAGAGAAGUGGCUGCGUCAUAGCGCUCUAGCACUCCUUAUCGC